CAUACAGGGGAGAAACCGUAUAAAUGUGUGGAGUGUGGGAAGAGCUUUCCUCAGAUAGCCCACCUUAUUGUCCAUCGCCGAAUCCAUACAGGCGAGAGACCAUAUCACUGUGUGGAUUGUGGGAAGAGCUUUCCUCAGAUGGCCCACCUUACUUCCCAUCGAUGAAUCCACACAGGGGAGAAACCAUAUAAAUGCAUGGAGUGUGGGAAGAGCUUUGCUCAAAGGGCUCACCGUUAUGUCCAUAGACGAAUCCACAGAGGAGAGAAACCAUAUAAAUACAGGGAGAGUAGGAAGACCUUUGCUAAGAGUACACAUCUAAGGGACCAUCUACGAAUCCAGACAGCAGAGAAACCAUAUAAAUGUGUGGAGUGUGGGAUGACAUUUGCUCAGAGUACAGCACUUAACGUCCAUCAACGAAUGCACACAGGGGAGAAACCAUAUCACUGUGUGGAGUGUGGGAAGAGCUUUGCUCGGAAGCCACAUCUUAUUGUCCAUCGACGAAGUCACACAGGGGAGAAACCAUAUAAAUGUGUGGAGUGUGGGAAGAGCUUUCCUCAGAUAGCCCACCUUAUUGUCCAUCGCCAAAUCCACACCGGCGAGAGACCAUAUUACUGUGUGGAUUGUGAGAAGAGCUUUCUUCAGAUGGCCCACCUUACUUCCCAUCGACGAAGCCACACAGGGGAGAAACCAUAUAAAUGCAUGGAGUGUGGAAAGGCAUAUGCUUGGAGUACAGAGCUUACUAUCCAUAAACGUAUCCAUACAGGGGAAAGACCUUAUAAAUGCAUCGAGUGUGGGAAGAGCUAUACACAGAAAAAACAUCUUACUGCCCAUCGACGAAUCCACACAGAGGAGAAGCCAUAUAAACGUAUUAAGAAUGGAAGAUCUUUACUCUCAGUACACAGCUUACUGAUCAUCGAUGAAUCUGGACAGGAGAAACCAUACAAAUGUGUGUAG